AUGACCCUCGUUAUGGUGGCGUUUUUUCCAAUUUUCUUCGGUCCGCUCACUGUGACCGCAAAGAUUAUGGGAAAGGUCGCACCAAAAGAGCAGGAGGCGUAUGUCCGGGCAGGUUCUACUGCUGAAGAGGUUAUCAACGGCAUACGAACAGUUGUGGCGUUCAAUGGACAAGAGAAGGAGAUCAAAAAGGUAUGGCACAAAGUUGGUGAUCUCGGGUGCCAUCACGCCGGGUACGGUGUAUUUUCCGUUUUCUGGGCAGUGAUCGGUGGAGCUUUCGCUGUCGGUCAAGCGGCUCCUCAGAUCGGAACCACCCAUCGAUUCCUUUUGGCUAAAGAAGGACGGGUACUUGAAGACAUCAAGGGACGAGUUUCGAUCAAGGACGUCCGCGCUUUCAGCUAUCCAUCUCGUCCCGAGGCUCAAUCUGGAAGGACAACCAUUUCCAUAGCUCACAGGCUUUCAACCAUAAAGAACGUCGAUCGUAUCUAUGUGUUUGACAGUGGCAAGAUAGUGGAAGAUGGUAAACACGACGAGUUGAUGAAAAAGAAUGGCCUGUACUCGGAAUUGGUGAGAGCGCAAGAAAUUGAGCAGCUUGAGCAGGCCGAGAGCGACGACGAGGAAGGGUUCACUUCGUUUGGCGCUACAACUGAACAUCAUGUGACUAUGAUGAGGAAGAGGAGUAAACGUCUUUCCCGUUCCAUUUCUCACCCAGCUGAAGUUCGUGAUCAGGAGCUCGAAAAUCUAGAGGAAGAAGCUGAUGAGAAAAAAGUGAAAGGAGCGAGUCUGUUGGACAUAUUAAAGUAUGCAAGACAGGAAUGGUGUCAGCUGGCCGUAGCACUUAUCCUCGCGGUGGUCCGUGGUAUGACGUUCCCAGUGUUUUCGAUCAUUUAUGGCCGAAUGUUCAAGACGUUAACAAGCGGCAGCAAUUCUGAGAAGUUGCACGGAGCGGCUAUGAAUGCCAUUUGGUUCUCGUUGCUGGGGGUUUCAACCGGCAUCAGUACGAUGAUUUCCGGCUAUCUCUUCGGCAGGAUCGGUGAAUCUUUCACAAACAGACUACGCUUAUCGUUGUUCACAAAUAUUGUAAAGCAAGAUGGCGAAUACUUUGACCACGAAGAUCAUGCAUCGGGAAAAUUGACCACAAGACUAGCAACCGACGCUCCAAAUAUCAGA